UGACCAAUCCCAUCAUCGAUUCAUAUCGAACCGUCGCAAUAAUGAAAUAUCGAUCGUACACGUUGAUUUUAUUACUUUUAACGUUCGUUCAAAUGUUCUAAAUACGCCUUCGUUUUCUUCCACACUGAUUACUUCAUCGUAUUCUUACACUUACAUUAAUGUAGCAACGAUCGCGACCCAACAAUUUUCUUUCGAAUUGCAUACCACACCGGCCAAAUGUAAAGUGUCGUAACUAAGUCUUUCACCAAGGCGAGAGGAAUUAAUUUCUUAACGGGACCCCGUAACUUUUCUAUCGUAUCAAACACGCCAAUUCGCCGUCGUUAGAUGGCAGUGCGACCCGAAUUGUGUGUGUGUUCGUUUAGUCGCAAAUUCGCGUUACGUAAGGGAUUAUUUUCAGGUUAUAAUACUCGAGUUCUGGUGAUAUCAAUCAGAAUAAUUCGAGACGAUUUAUGUGUAAAUAUGUGUGGACUCCAGAAUGUGACGCGAUGAAGACGAUCGCGACGAAUAUACUAUUUUUGUUGCCACUAUAUACAAGAUAUGCGAAUGAGGUUUUUAAUUUCACGAAGAACAUCUCGAAUUUCAACGAAACGAAGAUCUCGAUAUUCAUUUCAUGAAUGCAAGAGCGACAUCUUCAUUACUCUCGAGAGUAUACACAUGGGCAUAAGAAGGAAAGAAGGAAUUUUGCAAAGUGCAUCGCAAAUGCAUCCUACUGGGUUCGAUCGUACGACUCUGACCUUGUCUGGAUGUUCACCCCGCGCGGUUCGUUCGCUCGAUGUUGGUCGAGUCGACUUUGGGACCGAGCCGGCUCUCACUUAUGUAAUUCGAAGCGGGUCACGGCCAGACACUCGAAAAACCCGCCUUUCUCCGCCGACAUUUGAAUCGGCCGCAUUGCAGAACGCUAGGAUGCAACCCAAGAACGUUUGGCAAGAACGUGUUGGCUAAAAAUUAAUAAAACACGUACACAUCCGCAAUAAGAGAUAUCGAUCAAAGGAUACCAUGGAACGAUCGUGAUCAUCUUCACUAGCAACACGAGGAACGGAACUGGUUUUAUGAGAAUAUUAUCCGAUAUGUUUGAGGUGAACGUCAAUUAUAAAGGUAUGAAGAAGAUAAGUCUAUUUUUAGAUUAAUUCAAUUCCAGUUGCGUUAUAUAUAAUUAUAGAAGAUAAUAUUAUAGAAGAAUUGUGAAACUACGGAAACGUGAGAGAUUAUAUCAUAUUUUUCUGAAACUUAAAAAAAAAAAUCUACUAAUUAUAUAGAAAAAUAUGAUUAAGCAAAAAAUGAGAACUGAUUGUUGAAAUUAAAUUACCAUUAUAUCUCUCUAUAUUUCACUUUAAAUUUUUACAGAAAUAUAAAAAAGUCGUAUCCACCAAUCUUAACAUUUUAUCAAACACAGAAUAAAUUAGCCUUUUUCUUCGAAGAAGAAAAGAAAGAAAGUCUACAAUUUCUCCUUGACCCGAGCACGGCCAUGAAAGCUCUGCUUAUGUUUCUCCUUUUAAGGUUCGUGUAUGUUAAAUCAGCAAUGUCACGCACGAUAUUACCGACUGGAAACGAAUCUUUUCCAGAAGGAAGAAAUAACAUAAAAGUAAGUUGGAAAGCGUGUGGAAAUAAAUUGGAACCAUGCAUGCCACGAUGCAGAUGAUUUUUUAGAAAUGGCACACGGUCGUAAAAAGUCGGUUUUACGCAUACGAAAUAAUUUAUGUAAUUCAGAGCCGGGGGUCGUGGUAAAAUUAGCCAACCCCGUGUACAAAUAUGCGAAGCCGCUUGGGCGCCGCCAUCCGCCGUAUUUACAAACGCAUCAUCAUUCUAUAAGUAAUGUUUUAUGAUCAAACGUCCGUGGAAUCGGAUCGUAUGAUACAAAAAUAAAAGAAGGAGUUUAACCGUAUGAUACGUAUGAAAGAAAAAUUGUAACA